AAAAAACCUCCCGCGCGAGGAUUGCAUAAAAGGCACAAAGAGACACCUUUUUGCGCCUUUUCUUAUAUUUUUCAAAGAAAACAAAAGACUCGUGUGCAUCUAACCCGCAUGCAGGCUGAGGAGAGGUGUAGUGACAAUAGAUGAUUCCCUCUCGGGAUCUCCUGAGAUGCUCAAGAUCUCUAAUCAAGUACCAAAGGCUGAAUCUCAUCAACUCCCGGCAGUGUUCAAUGAAAAAUACUUCCUCAUCCGGGAAUGAUCAGCUUCCGGAUGAACCAACAAACUGCUGCAUGUCCGGCUGUGCAAAUUGUGUGUGGAUUGAGUAUGCUCGGGAGUUGACGAGAAUCUACCGGGAUGGCGGAGAGAAAGCCCGAAAGCUAAUUACGAGUCGUAUCACAGAUCCAAACAUCCGGACAUUCCUGGAGAUGGAGCUGAAGAACUUGGAUACCAUUGAGGACAAAGAGCAAAACUAACCUCACUUUUCAUUUCAAGUCAAAAUAAAAAUGAUGUAAAUUAAUUUUCUCAAUAAAAAAUGUUUUUAGGUAGCAAA